AUGGAAAUUUAUUUUACAAGAACUAUGAACAGCAUCCUGCGCCCACCCAAUAGUGAUCAGCUCAGCAACGAUGUUAUCGGCAGCGUAGUAGAACGUGACAUACGAUCGAAGCGACCGCCUCAGAGUCAGGCAAGAGAAUUGGAUCCGUCGAACUUAAUGGAGCGAUAUCCCGACAUGACUCAAGAUGAAGACUCGCAGAAAACUGGCGUCGCUUAUCCAAGCCCCAAGCGCGCGCCGCCUGACGCGAGACGAGAGGUUACUCGGGAGCCCCCAACGACCAACCCAUGGACAAGUGAGAACCAGUACGCAGCGGUAGCGGAACUUCUACUUCGCGACGCGAAGAUGAGACGAGAACAACGAAGAGAUAAACAGCGGAGAUACCGGAAGAAACAGCACGACUAUACAGCAGGCCUCAAGAAGGACACGGAACAUCUACGGGAAGAGAUCUCCGAGCUAGAACAAAAGCAACGUUCUCUGAACGUCAAGAACUGGUGGCUCUUUUCGCUGUGGUUCGCCGACAUUGUGGUUGAUGUUGACGAAAUCCAAAGAACAGGGCCCGACUCCGUCUUCGCCACCACCAGAACCUCUUUUACAAUGACUGAAAAAACUCUGCGAAACGUGUUUCCACAGCUGCACGACGGCGAAUUGCCCUUACUGGCGUCCAAGCUUCUAAACCAGCAAAUUGCCAUGCGUGGAAGAACGAAGAGGGAGCGGCUCAAGUACUGGCUAGACUCCAAGAAUCUUCCAAAGUAUACUUUCCGCGAUCUUGACCUCCACAAGUCGGCUGAAAAUACUCUGCUCGCAAGUGCAGAGUUCAAUGCGUGGUCCAAAUACCUGAAUGACUUCAACCGCCGUUAUCCCGAGGAAAAAACGACCAUGAUCGAUGCUCUGAAGUAUAGCUAUCAUGACUCGGUAUUGGUAAAAAGUCUGGCGGCGGCAAAGAAGGACCCGGAGGCGGAGAAGCUGGCGACGAACUUGCAGAGCGCACGGAUCAACAAGUGGAUGGGUGCUGAGGAGAAGCCGGCGGACCUCAAACGGAUGCUUCAUAAUGGCCCAGCGUCGGAUGAAAUGGUGAACAGCGAGAAACUCAAGGCAUUGUCGGGGAAUAUGGAGAAAUGGCUCGCCGAAGGGAAAGAUGCCGACGUUGUUUUCUACCGCCUGGGUCUUACCAAGGUUAAGAGCAGCCCGCGUUCGCUCGGUGGCUCAAAGAAAAUCUCCGCGGAAGCGAUCGCUAUUGCCAAGAGACUGCAGAAGGAGCAACUGCAGCACUGGUUGGCCGCCGCGCAAAAGCCCGACGACGUCUUCCACUUUAUGAAACUCGACGAGUCACUAUACAUCCAUCUGGACGACGAAUUUGCAGCAUGGGUCAAAUACGUGGACGAGUUUAAUACCAAGUACCCCAAGCACUCCGUAUCCAUGGCGUCGACGCUUACGAAGUACCACAACGGGGGCGUCCUCUUCGCAGAUGCUGAGGCGGCGAAACGUCUCGCGACAACUGGAAUCAUCGCCACCAAGUUGCAGAACGACCUGGCGAAGUUUUGGCUUGACGGUGGGAAAACUCCGGCGGCUGUUCUGAAAGAGAUCGGACUCAACCAGCAACCACUGUCCUACAUUCUCGGAAAUCCACAUAGAACGAUGUUGGAGAUGCCAUUGUUCAAGAGCUGGGCCAGCUACGUGGGGGAUUUCAACACGAAGUAUCCGAAAGAGCAGACGACUUUGGUCGAAUUGUUAACGCAAGGAUUUGGCGACACAAAAGUGGCGACAAUGCUUUACUGGGCGAAGGAGCAGGCGAAAACGCGGGCAUUGGCGUCAGAUUUGGAGUCUGCACUGCUCGGAGUCUGGAAGAACAGUGGGAAAUCUGCCAACAAUGUCCUCAACAUACUAAGUCCGCCGACAGGAGGUCCGUCCGGUUUUUCUAAGACGUGGGUCGCGUACUUGGAUGUACUAUUCAAGGGCAAACCAGGCGAGGUGGCUUCGUUUUUCUCAAACAUAGAAACUAUCGACCCGGAAGCUUUUGUGAACGAAGUUCUCAUGCGAGCUAUGAGGUUCCCCAGCAUGGAAAACAUCGCUGUUGGCAUCCAGACGAAGAGGAUCGAGGGCUAUCUGGCUAAAAACGAUUCUCCCAAGAAAUAUUUACGCUGCUCGCUCUUGACGACGCGGGGGAUGACAUUCUCGGUGACCGCGUGUUCCAGAUUUGGAUGCAGCACGUCAAGGAUUUCAACAGGAAGAACCCGCGGCACCCCGAAUCAUUGUUCGCGCCAAUUGAUACGUAUUACAGCCCUGCGUCCGUCGAACGAAUGA